AUGACAUUAUUAUCGAUAUUAUGUACAAUCCUUUCUAUAUCGGUAUCAUUUAGAUUGAUAUUAUAUUUUGCAUUUGGUUUAUAUAUAGGGUUUUUCAAUCCUGUACGAGGAGAAUUUAUUAGAGUAUCUUAUAAAGAUAAAUUUAAAAUUAAAGGUUUACAGAUUUACCCUUAUAGAAAGAAGAUAGUAGUAAAUAAUUUGAAAAUAUUUCAAACUGGAAAGAGGGAGAAUUAUCAUGAUAUUAAAUCGCAGAAGAUCAACGAUGAGAAUAAAAAAAAGAAAAUUCCAACCUGGUUAGAGACAAGAUUCCAAUUAUUAUCCAAAUGUUUAAAUAAUUUUAAUGUUAUAUUUGUUAGAAUCGAAAUACCUGAUCAAGAAAUAGUUGUUAAUGAGCUUGUGUUAGAGUCAGAACUAUGUUCAAAGACUAAAGAGAUUGGAAUCAAGACAUUCAUUAGAGAUAUAAGUUGGCAUAAAAUAAGUAUGAAUAAAGAAUCACUCUAUAACGUAUCCGCAGUUUUGAAUUUUGAUAAACUAUACAAUAGACAAUUCCCAUUAGAUAAUAUAGAUGUGGAUUUAAAAGUUGGUAAAUUGAUUUUACCAAUGGAAACAUUAUACAAAUAUAAUAUUGUUUCUACAUCUUCUAAACUCAUAUCAUCAAAGAAAGAUACUACAGAUGAGUCCCUGGAAAAUGUUUAUGAGAUAAUAACGAAGGUCAUGCAAAAGAUGAAUACUAUUAGUGAGAUAAGUGAAAUUAUUAGUCAUAUCAAUGUUACAGUAGAUGAAUUCUACGUGAAAAACUAUGCGAUUACUUCCCAUUAUAAAUUGGUUGAAAUGAAUAAAUAUUUGAAUUAUAAUCUAUUUGUAUCAAAUUUCACAUUGGAUUUAACAAGAUUUACUAAAGAAAUGCCAGGUUACAAAUUAUAUUUUAGAGAAGAUGAUACUCCAUUCAAAUAUACCACAGCUUUAUCUAGGUUAAAUAUUUGUGUGAAUAUGAUGAAAAAAAAUAAAGCCCCAGAAAUAAUUAAAAUAUUCGAAUUACCCAGUCUUGCACUAUAUGGUGAAUCAAAUUUACUAUCCCAAAAAUUCAAGUUUAACCAAGGUGAAACAUUAGAAAACGCCACAUUCAAUGUUAAAGGUAAUAUUUCUUCCCCAACUAUUGAUAUUGACAUUAAUAAUAUUUCUUUUAUCAAUUCUUUCAUGAAAAAUAUUAAAGUGUUUACGCAAUCAUUCUCGGAUCCAGUAGAGGUUACAUGUACUGGUAAAUCGAAAUUUACUAGAAAGAGGGAAAUGUUCACAACUUUUUUCAGAAGUUUUUUACCUUUGUUCAAUGUAAAACUUACAUUAGAAGAUACAAAAGUGGCUAUUACAGAUGAAGAUGAUUUGAUUCUUUUAAGAAUAUCAGCAUUAAUUUUGAAUUUCAAAUCGACAAGAAAUUUGGUAUCAACUGUCGAAAAGACAGACAAAAUUUAUUUUUCUACUGUGAAAUCUUUGGAAUUAUUAGAUUUAUCAGUAAGACAUAAAAUUAAGAAUUGUAAUUAUAAUUGUCAGAUAUUUGGAAUGGAUGCAAUAACCUUACAAGAAGAAGUGAAAAUGGAACCAACAGAUUUACUUUCAGUAAUAGGUAACCUAGAAACUUUCCAAGUCGAUUUAUCAGAACUACCAAGUAUGGUUAUGUUAAGCAAGUUGAUAAGACAUAUUGAUUGUCAGAUCGUCUCUGUGGAAGAACAAUAUUUUAAACCUUUAUAUGAAAAAUUCGCAAGCAUGAUUGAAAAUAGCGAAAAUAAAUGUUCUAUAAUUGGUAGUAAUCAUGAGAAUUUCAAAAUAAAUCCUAAAGAUUUUAUGUUUGUACCACUACCCGAUUAUUUUGAUUAUAUUAAAAUUGAUAUUAGAAACUUCAAGAUGGCACUGGGUUCCAGGUCUGUUUUUAUGCCUCCUGAUGUCUUUUCAUCAACAGAACCUCAGAGUUCCCAUGAUUUGGUUGACGGUAAAUUAAGGAAAUUACUUAUUCACAUGGAUAAAUUACAAAUUGCUUUGUGUGGUUCCCAAACUCAAUGGAAAAAUAGGGUUGAAGCGGGCCGUGUUACUAUGGUUCAAUCGGGAGACUCUUCAGAAUAUAAAAGUUAUGGGAGAGAUAGUCUUGAUGAUGUAUCGACUAGUUCAUCGACCGAUGUAGGGUAUCCUUGGAACUUAAAUGUCCUUAUCAAUUCAAUUGUAACUACAGUCAUCGGUGAAUCCCCAGGUGAAAGUAAUGAAUUGACUAAAAGAACAGUCUCUAAACUUUCGAUAUUUUCGAUGAAAGUAUAUCCUGAGACAGAAGGAUUUGCUAUGUCUGAUGAGCCACAAAUCGUUGUCAAUAUAACCAACAAAAAACUUAAUACUUUGUUUUGUUUGAAUACUGUUUUCGUAGCAAUUUCGGGUGUUCAUACACUUCAUCAGAUUUUUAGUAAACGUGAAAUUUCUAAUAAUCGUGAAUCAUGGGCAAAGAAAUAUCUAUUGGCAAUUGCGAAAUCUAAACAAAAAUCUAAACUACAAUGUAUUGAUUGGACGCAUUUAAAAAAUAUGGUAAAAAUAAGUCUAGCAAUCGAUGAAUUCCAUCAACUAACAUAUAUGCCAAAUGGUUUGAGAACAAAGUUCGAAGCGGUUAAUCUUUUCACAAGUUUCGAAAAUAUGAAUCAAAUCAAUCAAUCAGGGGAAUAUUUUAGAAUGUGUAUUCAAUCACCUACUGAACCAUCCUUAUGGGAACGGUUUGUUGUUAUUAAUAGGUUUAAAAUAUCUACUAAUAUUCGUGAGGUAAAAGAGCAAAUGAAAUCAAACUUCCAACAGGUAAAGGAUAGUGUGCCAGGCUUGAUUUUGGAAAAUGAAUCGUGGCAUUUUACUGUACCUCAUAACUUUGCAAUUUACAAAUUAAUCGAUAAUUUCUCAACUAUCUUCAAAUCCAUUAAACAAAUGAUGUACUCAUUUAAAACCUCAAAGAAUGACAUUGUUAUAUUCCCUCAUGCUGUUAAAAUUCCGUCACUCCCACUCGUAAAUAUAAGAUCAAAGAGGUAUAUAUUGAGUAUUGCGGACGAUCCAUUUGAGGCUAAGAUGAAUCUUGUCUUUCAAAUUGGUUUAGAAGAACAGAAAUCGAGAAUUGCGAAAUGGAAUCAAUUCAAUACGGACAUGAAAGACAUAGUUUUGAAAUCGGGUUCUCUAGAUUCCAAUGAAACUGUAUCUGAACUGAUAAAUAAAAGAAAAAUUAUAACUCAACUGGAGUUAGCAAAAUCUGGUGUAUCAGAUAUUCAAUUUGGAAAUGAGAAUAGCUUCAAUUGGAAUAUUCUGAAAUCAAUACCAGAUACUGUAGAAAGAGCAUACGAUAGAUUACAAAAGAAUAUUUCCACAUCCUGGAUAAGGAGAAUACAAGUUCACAAAUGCAAAGAAAGAGAAGAAUUCUCCAAAAACUUCUCAUUUUUAUGGGGUAAUAUAGAUUUUUCAAAAUUGCCCUCUUCGUUAGGUAAGAACGUUAAAGAUUUCACAAAAUAUCCAUUUCUAAGUAACCUCAUUAUGGAAAAUGUGGAUGUAACCCUAUUUAGGCCUGAUAUUGGCAUUGAAAAUGUACCUAAAUUUGUGCACACAGUAGGUAAGAAUGUACCAGAGGAUACUAAAUAUUCCAUUAUGAUUCCUAUGCAUAUUGACGCACGAUUCAGUGAAAUCAGAUGGCAUUUAAGAGAUUAUCCAUUGCCAUUCAUUUAUGUCCCACCGAUAUACGCAUCGCAAAGUAAAGAGUCACGUGCACUUCGAAUACAUGGUGAUAUUGUUGUAGCAGAAGAUAUGAUUUUAUCUGACAAGGAAUUAAGGGCCAUUUUUGUGCCAUUAGUCCCUUCGAUCGCUGUUGAAAAUACUGAUAGGUAUUACUCUAUGAUAGUCCCAAGGACUGUCACUAGUAUAAAAUUCUACUCGGACUUGCAACUAGAUGUAAAUUCUAAGGAUACUACAACUGUGGCAUUUGGUGGUUCAUACCAACCUGCAAUUCAACAUAUGAUGCAAUGUAUUGAUAAUAUAUCGAAACCACCUAUGGACCCCUCAAGGAAAAUUGGGUUCUGGGAUAAAGUCAGAUAUUUAUUCCACGGUAAAGUUAAGAUUUCUUGGGUUAAUGACGGAAAUUUUGAAAUAUAUCUAAAGGCCUCUAAAAGUCCAUAUAAAUUGGGAGGAGAUUAUGCAGGUUAUGCUUUAGGAUUUGAUUCUGGUGUAACUUUAACAUGUAAUGAAGACAAUGACCCCAAGAAAUUUUUAUCAUGUUCUUCUGAUAAGUUGUAUUUUUUCAUGCCAAAUCUAUUUGCUAAACCUUUCCUGACAUGGUAUAAGUCAAGUGAUGAAACUUUCUUUUUUCCUAAUCAGGAGAAUUCUAAUCUUCAACAUUCAGCUUCAUUUUAUUAUUUCUUAAAUCUUGAGAAGGGAAAAAAUGACAGGACAGAUAUACAUAAUAUGCAAGAUUCGUUUAAAGAAAAGGUAGCAAUAAAGCUAACUGGUGGUGUCAAAUUUAAUUUAGGGAUGGCAUUUGAGAGAUAUAUGACUGAGGGGUCUAAUCAUAGGUCUGGUGAUUUUACAGAACAUUAUAAGAUCAGACUUUGUAACCCAAUUUAUAUUGAAGAUUUACACAGCCACGAUUCGUAUGCUGGCUUUAGAAGUGAUUUUGUCCAUAUGUCAUUCGAUUUAAGAUCAAAGAAUAAUGAGGCAUACAAUGCUAUGCAAUUAACUCCUAAUUCGAUGCACUCAUUCUUUAAGUGGUGGAAAACGUUUAGUGGUAAUUUUCCUGUUAGGCGUGGGCCGCUCUUUGGUAUUCAAAGUAUAAGUCCAAAAUUUAGCGAGCAUCUAUACACCAUUUCUUAUCUUGCAGAUAUUUCACCAUUCUUUAUUUCGCAUAUGUGUCAUAAUAUUGAUUAUGAUAAGGAUAUCAAAAAGAGUUUCUUAAAGGUUGUCCAGUAUGCUGGUAUUAAGGGUAAGACAGAUAAUUUCCUCCUUGAUCUGCAUCAACGUAAAGAAGUUCUUACAGAAUAUAACGAAAAAUUAGAUAUUAGAAAGAAAGUUAAAAAGAUGAAGUUUCAUAUAGGUGAUAUUAGAUUACAUGGUAUUGAUAUUCGUACAGUGAAUGCAACUCUCAAUAGACUUGAGUAUGUCGAGCAAAAGGAUGAUGGUGUGUAUAACAUUUUUGAUAAUGACAUGACUUGGUUUGAUCAAUCAGAUUACAGAGAAGCAUAUUUUGUCAAUCCAUUCAAAUAUAUCCCCACUGUUGAUGUGACAGCCUUAUUAUAUGCACCAGUUUUUGUUUACGAAAAACGUGCGGCUUAUGGUGAUAAAUACCAGAUUGAUCCAGACACUUUACAACCAAUAGAGCCUAUCUCUGAUACAGUUUCUCAUGAUUGCAUUGUGAACAAACCUCAACAGCCGUCAUUGGAAACAUUAGAGUCUAGGUCUAAGAGUGUGAGUGAAUUUGUGCAAAACAUUAAGAAGAAUAUAGAAAAAUGUAGUGACCCAGAAAAACUAAAGGGGCUACAACAUAUGUUGGAAGAAGCACGCUAUGCUCAAAAGCAAGUCAAAUUAUUGACAGAUGACUUAAAAACUCUCUAUGGUAAAUUUAAUGAGAAGAAACUUUACAAUGAUUAUAAAACUAAAGGUAUUCAAGAAUUGGACAACUCAAUCGCGGUCAGUGAUCUUUUAAAGUACGAGAACAAGUAUUUUGUUUUUAAUAUGUUAUUAAAAAUUAAUAGAAAAGUUAGAGAUGAUCUUUACAAAUUUAAACAUUUCUAUGAAAUUGCAAAUAGUUUCUUAUCGUUAUCUUCUAGAAAAACAUUGAAUAAAUUCGAAAAGCUGAUUUCUCAUAAGAUAUCGAGUGAAUGGAAACCAGGUUUAUCUUCACAGACAUCCUUACCAGAAAGUGUAAAGCCAGAACAUACAUUUGAUACAUCUGGUGACGAAGGAAUUGCAGUUGAAUCUAUUCUUGCGAUGUUCAAUGAUUGUUUAUCUAAUAUCUCAACGACAAUGAGUCAUGAAAUUCAUAAAAAUCAUUUUGUCCAAUUUGUCAUACCUCAAAUUCAAGUUACAUGUGAACGUCAAGCGCAAUCAGCAAUUAUUAUUACAUCUCCUAAUAUUAUGAUGAAAUUUUUAUCCUUUGAGGAGAAGGAGAAUGAUAACAUGUAUGCAGAAGAUAUCUUUUUGAAGAGGUCAGGUAUUUUAUUGAGUAAAGCAAACGUGUUCUUAUUUAAUAAGAAGGAUUAUGCAAAUAAAUAUGGAUUAUACUUCGACACUAAUUCCUAUGGGCAAGAAAAGAACAGUGAAUGGUCACCUUGGUUAGGUAUUGAGCAUAGUUUUGAGAGUAGUAGUCUGGACCAAGAGAGUUUAGUGAAAAAUUUCUAUGCAAUGUACAAAUCACAGAAUGUUCUACCUUUCUCAAAUGUCUAUGAUAUGAUAAAGAGUAGCUUUGAAGAUAGAACUACUGUAUUAUUGCCCAAGAUUAAUAUAUCGUUAACUUCUAAGACUUUUACGAUGCUAACUGGUAUAAUAAAAAGAUUGGUAUUGUUUGACGCUGUUGAAGAGAGUGCACUGAAAAGAAAGAUUGAAAAGGUGGCUCUUGGUUAUGAUAUUGAUAAUAUUCCAGGUCUAUACAAUUUGUUAUCAAGUUUAUGCAGAAAUCAACAAAAACUAAAGAUGAUUGAUAAGGAAUUAAGAUUUAGGAGAGAAAUCUUAGAUGAUGCUGGUCAGGCUGAUUUAUCGAAUAUUUAUAGUGAAAGGAUGAAUCAUUUAUUAAAACUUUACAUGUUAAUGAAAGUGUUGGAAUCUAAUAAUACAUGGAAAGUAUCAGAUAAUACAAGACGGAAAACGUUUGAUGUUAAGGUGAACGAGAUUAUUGUUCAUUUAUUAAAUGAUAAUAAGACCCCAUUUUUAGACGUUGCCAUUGCCAAAUUUUCUUAUAAUAAAAGUACAUUACCAUCAGGUUUCAAUAAUAAUAGAGUAAGAGUUGAUAUGUUCCAGAUCUUUAAUUUAGAAGAUGUUCGUUAUCAUAAUAUGGUUGGUCCUUAUAUUCCACCUACAGAAACUUGCAAAGUUCUGGGCACAACUGUUAAGAAUUGUAAUAGCAAAAAUAUUCAAGAGUAUAAUGAUCGUACUUCCUUGAUAGAUAUUGUUUGGGAAAUGGAUAAACCUGUUGGUGGUAUCAAGAUUGUUAAUAAUGUUGAAACACAUUUACAAGGUAUAUGUGUGAAGAUAGAAGAUAAGACCAUUGAUAAGAUUAUUAUAUGGUUAAGUGAUUCAUCAUCCAUGACAAAUGUGGGAAAAGAUGAUGAUAUUACAAACGGUGAUCAUAAAUUUAAUGCAGGAGAAGCAGAUGAUGGUAAUUACGAUAACGACGAAAGUAUUAGCGAUUUAAUUAAUCCUGAUGAAACUGCAGAUGCUUUGAGAGAACAAUUUGCUUUAUUAACAAAGAAAAAUGUUGAUCUGAAUGAAAUGAUUAAGAGGUCUUCCGAUUAUAUUAUUGUAGAUGAUCUAUUAUUAAACAGCUUCAAGUUAUGUGUUAGUUAUAAAGGUAAAGGUAAGAGAAGAUUAAUUGAUGUAUCUGAUUUCCUUUUUACAUUCCCUAAAUUGGUAGUCAAGAACCAAAUAUUACAACUAAUUGAUUUCUUACGUGUGAUUAAACGCGUCUUAGUUCGUGUCUUAUUAAAUCAUAGUAUAAAAUUCCUAAGUACCAAGUUGAAGAAGAGACGUAGUACGGAUCUCAAGCUAGAGCCAGGUAAGAAAUUAAAACCGUUAACAGAGUACAAAGAGUAUGUAGCAGUGCAUGACCUACAAAAGCAAUGA